AUGCCUUCCUCCUCGAGGUCCGACAGCUUCAAAAACCAAAAGCUGGACCAUGACAGCUUCGUCGCCUUCGACCAUGCUGCGGCUGGACAUGACGGCGUUCGGUGCACGCCCUCCGGUUCCUUCAUCGCUAAGCCCUGCACCGCUCAAGAGAUAGCGUUUUACGAAUCGACCGCCGUCCACCCUGCCUUUCGCGAAUAUAUCCCCAUCUAUAUCGGGACAUUGAGCUCAGCCGGCCAGCAACAACCAGCUGCCGCUCUUGCUGCCGCAGCUGCUACGCAGCAAGGAGCCAUCGUCAUCCCUGACUCCGAUCACUCAACCUCCGCGGAAACUCCGACCAGCGAGACUGCUCAACAGGCCACCACAUCAACUGGCCCGAGUACAAGUGGACCAGCACGCGACGUAACAUGGGCACCGUCUGCAUCUUCCGGGAAGAAGUUAGAUACAGGGUUAUCCAUCGUCCUGGAAAAUGUUGCGUCUGGGUUUAAGCGGCCGAAUGUUCUGGACGUCAAACUCGGAGCAAGGCUCUGGGCUGAUGAUGCGAUUCCUGCAAAGCGAGCGAAGCUGGACGCAGUGUCUAAGGAGACAACCAGCUCCUCCCUUGGGUUCCGGAUCGCAGGGAUGAAAGUAUGGACCGGUGUCAACGGCGAGGCCGAUGCGGGGAGCAAGACCAACCCAUACAUUACACGGUACCAACAGUCUGGAGGCGCCAAAGGUGAAGUCACUGAGAUGGACGGCUAUAAACGGUACGACAAGUGGUACGGGCGGUCAUUUACCGCCGAGAACGUGAAGAGUGGGCUGGAGACGUACCUGGCGGGCGCAAAAGCCGCUGGAACUGAUCGCUCCAAAGUGAUAGCCGCUAGGCUGGCGGACGGGCUGAGGCGCGUACAACAAGUCCUCGAAUCUGAAGAGAGCCGCAUGUACUCCUCGAGCGUACUGAUUAUCUACGAGGGGGACCCAGAAGCAAUGGAGCUUGCCUUGAAGGAAGAAAAAAGGGCAAAAGAAGCUCCUGCACAGGAGUCAGACCAGGAAGAUGAGGACGAGGAUGACUUUGAGGGCUUCGAGCUUCAAGAUAUAGCCAAUCUCCCGGCUGGUGAAAAUGGGACCAUAAACAUAACCAUUGACCCUCAAACUACCCAACUUGGCGACAUUGAGGAUGAAGAGGAUGAAGAAGAGGGACCCAAAGUACAUGACCUUCGCCUGAUCGACUUUGCCCAUGCCAGUUGGACCCCUGGUCAGGGGCCGGACGAGAAUGUCCUAACAGGAGUGCGAAAUUUGGCUCGCAUCUUCGAGGAACUGGCGGCGAGCUAG